CUGGCUGAUUACUUGGCAAGCAGCAAAGGGCUUGCUUGACGAUUCGAUCGAGGGAGCUUUCGUCGAACAAAGCAAUAGGAAGCAAGAAACAGAGCCGGUGGUGUUGUCACAAGGCAAGGGAAUCGGGACAGUCAGCCCGCAGAACAGUGUAAUCUAAUAGAAAGGCCAACCCAAGUCGCAGCGUUGUUGCGACUCGACUCCUCCAAGAGGCAUUUGCUGUGGAAAGACAAGAAGAAGUAGAACUCUCAGCGCCUCCGCGGUCGUUUGGAGAAGCUAAUAUUCACCAAUCAACUUUCAAAUCUGGCCGAUAUUAUAAGAGCCAUCGCAGAUACAGUGCUGCUGUGUAUUGGGUGCACGUCUUCAUCUAUCUAUCAUUCAUCUAUCUAUCAUCGACUGAAGCUAUCCAAGCAUGGCAGACAAUGGCUUGGGUUACAUCACGGAGCUGAACGCGAUGGAUGUGUUGUUUGGCCGUGGCUCGGGCCCAAAUGAUCAUGAAGGGAACAUUCGAUUUCGUCAUCUCGUGGCGGAGCGCAAGCAGGAGUACUUGGCCACCAAUCAUCGACAGACCAAAGCCAAGAUAGCUCGUGAAAUUGUCAACAAAAUCCUGGAUGAUCGGGGCCGCUUCUUGAAGAAAGUAGAGCAUUUCGAAGCGCGACGAUUAGGGAUCCCCAAGGGUGUUGAUGCGUGGAUUAUUGUCGACGAUGACACUGUCAUGGAAAAGGCAAAACAGGCCUUGCGGCAGAACACUGCCAAGGAAAAGCGAGGGGCGUCUCCAACUCGCGGCGGUGCAUCGUCUCCUUUGCGCGGUAACUCGCCCGUUCGGGGCGUUUCUCCCAGUAGGUCCCCCAUUCCAGGAACGUCUCCCGUACCUGUACGACGACAGCAGCAGCCGAUGCCUACCUUUGAAGAUCUGGAGCCUCUCCCUCUUGGCAUGAACAACGCAAAUCUGGCUGCAGCACGAGCAGCUGGAGGCCCUUUUGCAGGAAUGUCCUUACAGGAACAGCAACAACGAAUCCAACAGCAGGUACAGCAACAAGUCCAACAACAGGCACAACAACAACUGCAGCAGCAGGUACAGCAGCAACAAAUAACGGCCGCCGCUCAGCUCGCCGCUCUUGGUGGCGUGCCUGGUGUCGAUCCGACGUCUCUGGCAUGGGGCGGCUCCGAUCACAAUCGAUUUGUGGCGGCACAAAAUGUGGCUCAAAUGGCUGGAGGCGGUGCCGGAGACUGGGGACGUGGAGGAUCCAAUCACGGACAUGGAGGAAUUAUUCUGCCAGGGCAAGACGCCAUUGUCAGCAACAACGCACAGCUUGCUGGUGCCGGUGGUUGGCAGCAACAACAACAGCAGCAGCAAGCCGCCGAUGCCCUCAAUAAUAUGGCUCCACCAAACCCAAGUAUGCUGGGACCUGGGCAAGUCCAGUAUUCCAACGAUAACAACUGGGGAGGCAAUUCCGAGCAUACUAUUCCCAGCGGAUCCGCUAACCGUGGAGAUCGAUUGCCAGGAGAAUCCAUGGAAGAUUCCAGGAAACGACGCCAGAGUCUGCAAGUCGAAGAUCUUAUGGAUUCUUUCAGUAAAUUACAGACUGGAAACUUCUCAGCAGAAGCCAAGUUGCAAGAAUCGACAGACACGAUGGGUACUAUUGAGCCCAUUGGAGCAUACGACAGCACAAGCAUGAGUGUGACAUCCUUCUCCAGCUCCUCGUUUUCCCUGUUUAAGAAUGCCAUGGGAGAAAGUACUGACGACAUGGCGUUCUCACGAGGCGUGUCACGCAGCAGUAGUAUAAAUGAAGGCGCGCGCGUUGACAUUGAUUCCUCCAUGCAAUCCAUGCAGUCUAUUGGCUCCCUGGGUAAUAUGAGUGAAGUUUGGGGAACUCGCGGAAUGUCUCUGUUGGAUCGUUUGGUGGCGGAAGAACGAGAACGUGCCGCUGGAGGCGGUGAAGAAGGAGGCGAUGGAGGCGGAGCAGCUGGAGGAAUAGCAGAUGAUCCCAGGCCGGUUGGAUUAAUGGAGGACCAACCGGAUACUUUGCAAAACCUGGGAGCAUCUUCAAUGUCGGUAAUGAAAGCAGCCUUUGACAGCAAUAGACCCGGCGACAAUGGCAAUGCCGAUUGAGUGGACGCACUCAAGCGCACCAGUUUGAUUACGAACGGCCGGGGAGAUACUUGAGAGUUAUGAUUCGAUUUGUCAAGGCAGCGGACAGCUCAGGAAUGGAAUUAAUUGAAGAUGCAUUCUGAACAGCCACCCAAGUCGAAAAUCAGGUCAGGCACAGUUCAGGGCAGAUCAAUUGACACGCUUAUGGAAGGAGAGACCGUAGACUGAUGCACUACUAUUCAGCAUCCUGCUGUCAACGCACCAUGCAAUCCAAACAAACUUACUUGUUGCUGUCAUCAUAAGAAAUGUCACUUUUUGUACAACUACCUACGUGAAUUCCUUGGCUUUAUGUGUUGUCAUCUCCCAUUUGCCAGUGU